AUGGGUAAAGUAAUUAGCAUUGCGUUGUUGAUGAUGGUACUAGCGGUAAUUGUGAUAGAAUGCGAGGCGAAAUCGGAGAUCGAAUGCACUAGGAUUUGUCGAAAGCAUUGUACACGUACAUCGCCGGUGUCCGAAUGUGCGGCUUGUCGUAAAAAAUGUUACGAGUCUCCGCCGGCUGUAGCUAGAACUAGGAGGAACUCUAUGUUCAUGGAGUCGGAAGAAGAAAAACAUCGAUAA